AUGACAUGUGACUUUUGGAUUUUAGCAAAAAAAAAAAUUUUUACGAAUAAAUACAUGGAUCCAUUGAUUGUUAUCGGUGGUGGUAUUGCCGGUGUUACUUGUGCUAAAACAUUUUCAAUAGAUCGACCAAAUCAUCGUGUAAUUCUUGUUUCAGCAUCGGCUGUAGUGAAAACGAUUGCAAAUCUUAAAACAUUAGGACGAUCCAUCGAUAUGUUCGACGUAAUUGAACAGAAUGCUAAUUCAUUGAAAUCAUCCAAUUUACAAGUGUUGAUGAACAAAAAAGUCAUUCGAUUAGAUUCCAAUGGACAUAGAAUUCAAUUGGAUGAUGGACAAUGGUUGAAAUAUAGUAAACUAUGUAUCUGUACUGGAGCUAAACCUCGAACGAUUAAAGUCGAUGAUCAAGAUGCUCGACAAUUCAUCAGAUAUAUCCGUGAUACACAGACAGCAAAAUAUUUUACAAAACUUUUAGCUGGAUCUCGUCGUAUCAUUGUAGCGGGUAAUGGUGGUAUUGCCACUGAAGUUGUCUAUGCUGUUGAAAAUGUUGAAAUUAUUUGGGCCAUUCGUGAAACAACAAUUGGUGCCGUAUUUUUCGAUGCAGGUGCUGCGAAAUUUUUCACCGAAUUUUUAAACGACCAUGGAACCACCACCAAACAAGAAACAACCGGUAAACCAAUAAAACGUGCCCGUUUUGGUCAAAUUGAUAUCGACGACAAUUUAUUCAAAAAUGAAUUUGGUAUUUCACUAGGACCGGAUUGGUCACAAGGAUUAAAUUUAAAAGGACGUGAAUCACGAAAAAAGGUGAUGAUUGAAACUAAAGUUGAAAUAGUUAAUGUUUAUCGUACAAUCGAAUCGAUACCAGAUAUUAUUUCGAAUAAAAUGGAUCUCGAUAAAAAUGGACCCUGGAAUAUUUAUGUUGAACUUACGAAUGGAAAAAUAUUUGGCUGUGAUAUGAUAAUCGUUGCAAUCGGAGUCACGCCAAAUAGUGAUGUUUUUGUUGAUGAUAAAAAUUAUUUAAGUUUACAAUUAGCCACCGAUAAAGGCAUUCUAAUUGAUCGAGAAAUGCGUACAAAUCUAAAUGAUAUAUAUGCAGCCGGUGAUGUUUGUACGGUAAAUUGGCCACAAUCAUCUCAUUGGUUUCAGAUGCGUUUAUGGACUCAAGCACGUCAAAUGGGUUUCUAUGCUGCCAAAUGUAUUCAAUGGCAUAUGAAUCUGAUAAAUAGUGAUAAUCCAAAUCUUUACUUUAAUUUCGAUGUAUUUGCACAUGUGACACAAUUUUUUGGAUUCCGGACCAUAUUACUUGGACUGUAUGAUGGACAAAAAAUGAAUACCGAUGAUUAUAAAAUUUUAUGUCGAGUAAUACCACGAGAAGUAUAUAUCAAAGUCAUACUUAAAAAUGGACAAAUGAAAGGUGCCAUUUUAAUUGGUGAUAAUAAUCUUGAAGAGACUUUUGAAUUUUUAAUCUAUAAUCAAAUUGAUUUAACACGUUUCGGUGAUCACCUGCUUGAUGAUCAUUUAGAUGUUGAAGAUUUUUUUGAUUAAAAUUAUGAUUUGAAAAAAAAAAUUUUUUAAUCCACAAAUCUGACCUUUUUUCCAACUGUAGAUGGCGUUGAUUGUUUUGUGA